CACAAAAUCAUCGAAUGGGGAAUAGCCAACAGGUUUCCAUCAAGAAGUUAUAUGAGAAAAUGUCCACUGGAGAGAACUCCUUCCUACCACAGAUCCCUGAUGGGGUCAUGCUCAAUGAGUUUGAACGAGAUGUAUUCUACACACUUAAUUUCCUCAGAACGCAACCAGGCCUCAUGAUCUGGAGAUUAGGCAAAGUUAGGAAAAAGUUCAAAAUUUCAAGAAAAUAAGUACAAAGAUCGGAGGAAACUUCUGGCAUUUAUGGCCAAAAAUAAGGAAUAUCUAGCCAGCCCCAUCCAGGUCGACAAGGAUAUCUACUAUGCAUGAAAGUAUUGAAAUGAGAAAUUUGCCGAAAGUGAUUUUAAAAUUGGAGGAGUUUUGCUAUACCUCAACAAGUUAUAUAAAAACGUAAAAGGAUUCGAGCAUACCUCCUUUGAGUGGAAAGGAACAGGUGAGGAAUUUGUGAUGUAUAUCUUCCUGAAAGAAGACUUCACAUCUGUCGAAGGAAUCAAUCCUUUCUUUAGCAAUAGCAUACAGUAUUUUGGAUGUAAUUUCUCUCAGAAUACGGUCAGAAAAAGUUGAUUUAGGCUCUGAUGGACCUGCAAACCAGAGCCUAAGGAUAACACUUUGGCUACUAAAGGGUUAAUUUAAUAUUUUCCUAAUUAAAAAUCUUGUAGAAAACUUAUUUUAUCAUAGGCUAUUUUGAUUAAUUUUUGAGGUGUCCAUAACUGCUAGAACUUAGGCUCUUAAUAGGAAGAUUACAAGAAUGUUCAAGAUGAUUUAAUGCAUCUUGCAAUAUUAAACU